GUGGUAGCAGUGAGCCAACCGGAGCAAGUUUGUCAUCGAAGAAGACGGCAAAAGGACGCAUGCGCAGUGCGCUGACCUUCCGCGCUUCAAGCAAGCAUGACUAUUCGUACACUAACGAGAGGGCUAUGGAGGCUUCUACAUCAUCGUAAUUGCAAUUAUUCCACUGCAGCGUCCAUCAAAACGCAACAACCGCAAAGCGACCGUGUUUCCGAAGAGAUUAUGAAGCUUCCCUUGGAGAAAGCAGACUACUUCCGUGUCUCUGAGCUUUUCACGGUGAAAGACUUGUUUGAUGCCCGCGUUCACCUCGGCCACAAAAAAGGAUGUCGGCACAGGCUGAUGGUCCCUUACCUGUACGGCUGCCGUUUGGACCAGGACAUCCUGGACUUGGACCAGACGGCGGAGCACCUGCGCCUGGCCCUCAACUUCACGGCGCACGUGGCGUACCGCGGCGGCGUGAUCCUCUUCGUCAGCCGCCGACGCCAAUUCGCCCACCUGGUGGAGAGCGCGGCGCGCGACUGUGGCGAGUAUGCCCACACACGCUAUUGGCAGGGCGGCCUGCUCACCAACGCCCACGUGCAGUACGGCGCCGGCGUGCGCCUGCCUGACCUGCUCAUCUUCCUGAGCACGCUCACCAAUGUGUUCCGCACGCACGUGGGCCUGCGCGACGCCGCCAAGAUGAACAUUCCCACGGUGGGCGUGGUGGACUCCAACUGCAACCCCAGCCUGGUCACCUACCCGGUGCCCGGCAACGACGACACGCCGGUCGCCGUGGAGCUCUUCUGCCGCCUCUUCAAGAUGGCCAUCCGGCGCGGUAAGGACAAGAGGAAGCAGGCGGAGCUGCUCUACGGCCUGACGGCACCCGGUUCGCCCGGCCCGUGACCUCCCGUCAUUUAUUUAGGGCUCAAUAUAAGACACUCAUCUUUUAUUUUAUUUUCUCUUUCUGAAUUACUUCCCAUGAAAUAGUAAAUACAUUGG